AUGGAUACCACCAUUGAUUUCAGCCCUUACCGUGCCGAUGGCAAGCUCUACGGAUUUGUUUGCGUCGUAACUGGCGCCGCCCAGCCCGUUGGGCAGGCUAUCAUUGAGGAACUGGCCGCAUGCGACAAGGCGGCCAGCGAUGAAGGCUUCAAGCCUUUGGUCGACAAGGUCCACAUCGAGCACCCAAACACAAAAAUCAUCUCUUACCCCUUCGACGUAGCCAAGGAAGAAGAGACGCUCGUUCUUAUUGACGAGUUACUCAACAACUUCGGGCGUCUCGAUAUCUGGGUGUCGUCGGCCGGCCUGCUGGGUCCGCCGUCCAUCACCGAGACAACACCAGCAGACCUGCAACGCUGCCUCGAGGCGCAUUCGAUAGCACCGUUUUUUGCGCUCAAAUACGCGCCUGCGGCCAUGGCCAAGCUAACAGAGAAGAAGUCGUACCCCAAUGCCGCGCCCAAGACGCAAAAGUACGGCAGCAUCAUUGUCAUCGGCAGCGUGGCGUCAACGUACGGCGGCUGCUGGGGGCCCGCUUACGUGGUGGCCAGCCAUGCUGCGCUUGGUGUCGUGAAGGCUGGUGUUGCGGUUUUGAAAGGCACAGGAGUGAGAAUCAACUGCAUCUCGCCGGGUCAGAUUGACAUUGGCUUGGACUUGAACGGGAUCGAUCUCAAGGGGAUGAACUCCCAGUUCCCCCCUGCAAGCCUCCAGACCCAAGAAGCUUCAAAGGCCACCAUAGGUCUGGAGAGACCAGGCAAUCCACAAGAAGUGGCACGGGUAGCUGGAUUCCUCGCAUCGGGCUUCAGCUCCUAUAUCACGGGAGCAAACCUGGUUGUCGAUGGCGUUUUCGAUAUUGCCAAUGACUCUCAGACGGUGGACACGGCCAAGAAGUACGGCCUGACGCCUGACCAGGUGAAAGAACUGGAGAAGAGGGCAACCGCGGCCAAGGCGACGGCUUACUGCCCGUACAGCAAGUUCCGCGUCGGCGCAACCCUGUUGUCCAACGACGACAGAUAUACCGAUGGAGCAAACGUCGAGAAUGCGUCGUACCCCGUUGGAACUUGCGCCGAGAGAGUAGCUUUUGGCAAGGCCAUCACAGAGGGCAUCCGGGGCUUCAAGGCUGUUGCUGUUGCCACCGACGUCGAUGCCCCCUGCAGCCCAUGUGGCAUGUGCAGACAGUUCAUUCGUGAGUUCGUUGAUCUUGAGACCCCCAUCCUCAUGUUCAACAAGAACGGCAAGUAUGUCGUCAUGAGGCUCCAGCAGCUUCUCCCGCUCUCAUUUGGUCCUGAGUUCCUCCCUCCCCCAGAGGUAUUGGAGAAGAACUUGGCCAGUGGAGCCUAG